AAAAUGAAGUUUAUUUUGUUCCUUGUUCUGAUUGUCAAGAUAACUGUGGAAGCAAAAGAUGGAAAUUGUGGAGUAAUCCCAAUAACAACAUGGGGUAAUUCGGAACUGUUAAGAGAGGAAACCUUGCCGAACCCUAUACAUAUCGCGAUAAUACAACACACGGCAACAGCAGAUUGCAUGAGCGAUGAAGACUGUGAGAAAUUGGUUAGAAGCAUCAGAUCUUACCACAUCAACCACCGAGGGUUCACUGAUAUCGGACAAUCGUUUCUGAUCGGUGGCAACGGCAGAGUGUACGAGGGUGCUGGCUGGCAUCACGUCGGAGCCCACACCAAGGACUACAACAAAAGGGCAGUCGGCAUCUCGUUUAUUGGCGAUUUUAGAUCCAAGAUCCCAUCGCCUUCGGCUCUAAAGGCUCUCCGCAGUCUGCUAGCAUGUGGUGUGGUGAACAAGUAUCUGACGGAGGGAUACCAUUUAGUGGCUCACAGCCAGCUGUCACAGACUGACAGUCCUGGGGAAACGCUGAGGAAGCACGUGGAGAUGUGGCCGCACUGGCUGGAUCAUGCAAGAGAAAUGCUAGUCUAAAAAAAAAAUUGAAAAAUUUUAAAUAUCCACGACUUAAA